AUGGAUGAACAGCCCCAAAAAAAUGUAGAGCUUGAAACUUUUCCCAUCACCAACACUCUCAAAGACCUUUGCUUGAAUAAUAACAUUGCUAGCAUUUCUGGGUCUGAUUCUAGUGUUAGUUCUAGCAAUAAUGGAAGCAGUAGUAGUAGUAGUUUUCAAGAUGUCAACUUCAAUAAGAAUAGUGUUAGUAUCAGUUUGUGUAGUAGUAUUUCGGGGUCAACUAAUAAAAUUAGUGUUAGUAGGGAUGCUGAUUCUGUUCCUACUGACUGUGAAGAGAGUGAAAAGAGUAGUCUUGAUGCAAAUGAAUGUAGUAGUUUUAGGAGUUUUUGUCCAUCAAAACCUCAUAAAGGAAAUGAUAUUAGAUGGGAUGCAAUGCAGUAUGUCAAGGGUAAAGAUGGGAACUUGGGGUUACCUCAUUUUAGGUUGUUGAAAAAGUUGGGGUGUGGAGAUAUAGGGAGUGUUUAUUUAGCUGAGUUAAGAGGGAUGGGAUGUUUGUUUGCAAUGAAGGUUAUGGAUAAAGGGAUGUUAGCUGGGAGGAAGAAAUUGAUGAGAGCACAAACCGAGAGAGAAAUUUUGAGUUUGUUAGAUCAUCCAUUUUUACCAACCCUUUAUUCACAUUUUGAGACUGAGAAGUUUUCUUGCUUGUUGAUGGAGUUUUGCAGUGGUGGGGAUCUUCAUAUACUCCGGCAACGCCAGCCGGGCAAGCAUUUCCCAGAACCGGCAGCACGGUUUUAUGCUUCAGAAGUCCUUCUAGCCCUUGAGUACCUACACAUGAUGGGUGUGGUGUAUAGGGAUUUAAAGCCUGAAAAUGUAUUGGUCAGAGAGGAUGGCCACAUCAUGCUAUCUGAUUUUGAUUUGUCAUUGCAAAGUUCUGUCAAUCCUACUCUUGUGCAGUCCAGUUCCGAUCCAUCAUAUAGAAUCGCUUCAUAUUGUAUUCAGCCAGCCUGCAUUGAUCCAGCCUGCAAACUACCGGUAUGUGUAGAGCCUGCUUGUUUGCAGCCAUCUUGCUUUAAGCCUCGGUUUCUUAGUUCCAAAACAGCGAAGGUGAAAAGUGUAAGAACAAAUUUGGUGAAUUCAGAUACAUUUCCCGUACUUAUUGCAGAGCCAACUAAUGCCCGCUCCAUGUCAUUUGUUGGGACCCAUGAAUAUUUAGCUCCUGAGAUAAUAAGAGGCGAUGGUCAUGGGAGUGCUGUUGAUUGGUGGACAUUUGGUAUUUUCUUGUAUGAAUUACUGCUGGGAAGGACUCCAUUUAAAGGCAAUGGCAAUCGGGAGACAUUAUUCAAUGUGGUUGGUCAGUCCAUAAAAUUUUCAGAGGGAUCUUCUAUCAGUUUUGCCGCAAAGGAUUUAAUCCGCGGUCUGCUUGUGAAGGACCCCCGAAAGAGACUAGGGUUCAAAAGAGGUGCCACAGAGAUCAAGCAGCAUCCUUUCUUUGAAAGUGUUAAUUGGGCUCUUAUCCGCGGUACACAUCCUCCAGAAGUCCCUAAACCUAUGGAUAUCUCAUUUCUAAGUCAAGCAUUUAAGUCAUCCUUGCCUCCAAAUGAUAAGGGAGCCACAGACUUAGACAGGUCAUCUGGUCCAUACUUAGAUUUUGAAUUUUUCUGAAUUUUG